AUGUCAGCAAGAAAUAAGACUCUUGUGACAGAGUUUGUUCUCACAGGACUUACAGAUCAACCAUGGCUGCAGGUUCUCUUCUUCGUUGUGUUCUUCAUGGUCUACCUCAUCACCAUGGUGGGCAACCUUGGACUGAUGGCUCUAAUUUGGAAGGACCCUCAUCUUCAGACACCUAUGUACUUAUUUCUUGGUGGGUUAGCCUUUGUAGAUGUUUGUACUUCCACUUCUGUGACCCCCAGGAUGCUGGUCAAUUUCUUAGACAAGACUGCAAUGAUAUCCCUAGCUGAGUGCAUCACUCAGUUUUACUUUUUUGCUUCCAGUGCAACAACAGAAUGCUUCCUCCUGGUAGUGAUGGCCUAUGACCGCUAUGUAGCCAUAUGUAACCCUUUGCUUUAUCCAGUCAUGAUGUCUAGCAAACUCUGCACUCAAUUGAUAAGUGUUUCAUAUGCAAUUGGUUUUCUGCAUCCCCUGGUUCAUGUGAGUUUGCUAUUAAGAUUAACUUUUUGCAGGUCUAAUAUAAUACAUUAUUUCUACUGUGAAAUUGUACAACUCUUCAAAAUUUCAUGCAAUGACUCAUCUAUUAAUGCACUACUAAUAUUUAUUUUUGCAGCUCUCAUACAAAUAUCCACUUUAAUGACUAUCAUAAUCUCUUAUAUGCGUGUGCUCUUUGAUAUUCUGAAAAAAAAGUCUGAAAAAGGCAGAAGCAAAGCCUUUUCCACAUGCAGUGCUCAUCUGCUUUCAGUCUCGUUAUACUAUGGAACUCUCAUCUUCAUGUAUGUGCGUCCUGCAUCUGGCCUAGCUGAAGAUCAGGACAAAAUGUAUUCUCUAUUUUACACGAUUAUAAUUCCCCUACUGAACCCGUUUAUUUACAGUUUGAGAAAUAAAGAAGUUAUGGCUGCCUUAAGAAGAGUUACAAAGAAGUAA